CGAGUCUCAUGUGGAAUACGACUGUCUCCCUUUUCAGGAGAAGAAAAGGCCCAGGAUCCCUUUAUGAGGUCCUAUAAUUAGGAAGAGUCCUCCUGAGGCACUAACAGAGCCUGCUCUUCACUCCAGGCCACUCUGAAGCCCUCACCAUGUCUUCGCAGAGCAACGCCCUAAGAACCACAGGGGAAGAGGCUCUGAAAACCAUCUUGUUUUUCCAGAUGGGCACUGGGGCUCUGGCCAAUGUCACCCUCCUCUUCCGUAACUUCUCUCCAGUCUUGCAUGGACACAAGCAGAGGCCUCCCCACAUGAUUCUCACCCACGUGGCUGUAGCCAAUCUCUUGGAUUUUCUGUCUGCCGGGAUUCCCUACAUGGAGGCAACUUUUGUUUUGAGGAAGCGCCUGUCCAGUCUUGGGUGUAAAUUUGUAUAUUACAUACACAGAGUGGCUCGCAGCACCACCAUGUGCUCCACCUGCAUCUUGAGCACCUGUCGGUUCCUCACGCUCAUCCCGGGGAGGAUGGUGUGGACCAUGCUCAGAGGACAAGCCCCCAAGGUCAUUCAUCCUUCCUGUUGCAUCUGCUGGAUGUUCAGUAUCUUCAUGAAUACCUAUGUUCCCAUGAGCGUCACUGGUGCACAGGACGUGGGAAAUAGUACUGACACCCGAGGGAAGUGGUUCUGCUCCUCCGUGCAUCCCAGUGCAAGCACAGUCAUCCUGUGGGUUGCCACGGAAGCCGUGUUUAUUGGCCUCAUGGUCUGGUCCAGUGGUUCCAUGGUUCCCCUUCUGCACAGGUACCACCAGAGAGUGCCGUGUGUUCACAGCCCCAACAGCUUCCACAAACACCCCCUGGAGACCAGAGCUGCCCACACCAUCGUGUGGCUGGUGGCCACCUUCGUCAGCUUUUAUGUGAAUUCCGUUGUCACUUUUUAUCUUACUGCCUUUGUAGAUUUCCGUCUGUGGUUGAUACAGACCUCUAGUAUUUUGGCUUUAUGUUUCCUAGCUUUUAGCCCCUUCCUGCUGAUCCUUCGCAACCCUGGGCCUCCUAGGUCCUGCUCUUGAGUUGUUAGAGAUCAGACGUAAAUGCGUGGAAGCCAGCUUUGAUAACCGUGACCACUCUAUUCAGUGACCAUUUACUCAGCACCAGUGUUUUUAUACAACCUUAGAGGGUAAAUCUGAUACUGGGGCUGCCGUGGGAGAUCUCAAAGUCAACUCACCAAUCAUGAGCUUAAGACAGACAUACAAGGG